ACGAAAGUAAUAUAAUAAAGUCACUAUAUUAAUAUUUUUUUAUAGGUCAAAUGUUACAAGGAAAUUCGAACGGAGAGUAUAUAAUAUGUGUCAAGUACUCCUUGUAGUCCAAUUAUUUUUCAAAUCUACCAUACUUCUAGCAAAAGUUUUAAUGCACACCAAGGUUGCUGCACUUUAUGCUUUCCCAUAAAAAUUGCUCCACCAAUUAGAAAAUUCAAAAAAAAUACAAAAAGCUUCCGAGCCGUUACCGUACACUGCCCCCCCCCCCCCCCCCCCCGCAAAGUACCCUUAUAUCUUCCCCACCAUAGUUUCCCAUCCCCAAAUAUCACUCAAACAUUCACAUUUGAGGGAUUUGUGUUUCAUUUUGCUAAAUUUAUAGCUUCAACUCAAACUGUACAUAUAUAUCUAUUAUAUAUUUAUGUACAGUGUAAAUGGGGAACUGUUGUAGAUCUCCGGCAGCUGUAGCAAGAGAAGAUGUGAAGUCAUCAAACUAUUCCGGCCACGAUCACUUGCGUAAAGAGAAGUCCAUAAACAAGCAAAAGCAGCAGAUCAAUGUGUUAACUGACAAGAAAAAUGAGAAUGUUGAAGAGAAAUAUAUAAUUGAUAGAGAAUUAGGAAGAGGCGAAUUUGGCGUGACUUAUCUUUGCAUCGAUCGAAAAAAUAGAGAUUUAUUAGCUUGCAAGUCGAUUUCAAAGCGGAAGUUGAGGACAGCGGUUGAUGUAGAGGAUGUACGAAGAGAAGUAGCGAUAAUGAAGCAUUUGCCUAUGGAUUCGAGUAUUGUGAGUUUGAAGGAGGCGUGUGAGGAUGAUAAUGCUGUGCAUUUGGUUAUGGAGUUGUGUGAGGGUGGUGAGUUGUUUGAUAGGAUCGUGGCGCGGGGCCAUUAUACUGAGAGAGCUGCUGUUGCUGUUACGCGGACGAUUAUGGAGGUGGUGGAAGUUUGUCAUAAGCAUGGAGUGAUCCAUAGAGAUUUAAAGCCCGAGAACUUUUUGUAUGCGAAUAAGAAGGAGAAUUCGCCUUUGAAAGCUAUUGAUUUCGGUUUAUCAAUUUUCUUCAAGCCAGGUGAGAAGUUUUCUGAAAUAGUUGGAAGCCCUUAUUAUAUGGCUCCAGAGGUGCUCAAGCGGAACUAUGGACCAGAAAUAGAUAUAUGGAGUGCAGGAGUCAUUUUAUAUAUUUUGUUAUGUGGGGUUCCUCCAUUUUGGGCCGAAUCUGAACAAGGAGUUGCACAGGCCAUCUUACGAGGGGCAAUAGAUUUCAAGCGUGAGCCCUGGCCAAGUAUUUCAGACAGUGCUAAGAAUCUUGUACGUCAAAUGUUGGAGCCAGAUCCAAAGCUACGACUAACUGCAAAACAAGUACUUGAACAUCCUUGGCUUCAAAAUGCUAAGAAGGCUCCAAAUGUUCCUCUUGGAGAUAUGGUCAAGUCAAGACUUAAGCAGUUCGCAAUGAUGAAUAGGUUUAAGAGGAAAGCUCUGAGGGUAAUUGCUGAUUUCUUGUCAAAUGAAGAAGUUGAAGACCUCAAAGAAAUGUUUAGCAAGAUAGAUACCGAUAACGAUGGUAUUGUUUCUGUAGAAGAACUAAAAGCUGGACUUCAAAAAGUCAAUUCACAGCUGGCUGAUUCUGAAAUCAAGAUGCUUAUUGAAGCUAUUGACACUAACGGGAAAGGGACUCUGGACUAUGGGGAAUUUAUUGCCAUCUCACUCCAUCUUCAAAGGAUGUCAAAUGACGAACAUCUGCACAGAGCUUUUUCCUUCUUCGACAAGGAUGGCAAUGGUUAUAUCGAACCAGAUGAACUUCGGGAUGCACUGAUGGAGGAUGGCUCAGAUGACUGUACCAAUGUUGCUAAUGACAUUUUCCAGGAAGUCGAUACAGACAAGGAUGGGCGCAUAAGCUAUGAUGAAUUUGCAGCCAUGAUGAAAACUGGGACAGAUUGGAGAAAGGCUUCUCGACAUUACUCAAGAGGGAGAUUUAAUAGUCUGAGUGUGAAGCUAAUGAAGGACGGGUCACUUAACUUGGGGAACGAGUGAGAAGUUCAGAGAGGCAGAAGUAGUAAGUACUGUAUCCAACGUGCAUUAUAUCAUACUUUGAUAUUGUUACGGUGUUCGGCUUAGAUUGUUGGCGUUCCAGGAUCAAGAAGAGGUGACUUUCAUCUGGUUAACCUCUUCAAAUUGUUAGUUUGAGUAAACCAAUUAGUUUAUCGGUGAUGGUAACGCACAAUGUAUGAUUCUUUCCUCUUCUCUGAACAAUUGUUCUUGUUCAGAAAACUCAAAAACUACGUAGUAGAGCAUAGUCUUUGUGAAAGAAGUAGGGGUGGGCAUGGUACGGUACGGUACGGUAUUUUAAACUUCGGUACGGUAACUUUGAUUUUCGGUAUAUAAAAGAAUAAUACCAUUACCAUACCAAAUUAGUUCGGCAUGGUUCGGUAUUUUUAAA